UUCAAAACCUUGCAUUAAGAACAGGAAGGAUCGCUGAGCUUUUAUUUUCCAGUCCGCUUUGCUCUACUUAAACAAGAGAUCUCAAAAAAUGAUAGUAGUUCUUCUGCUCUUGCUAGAAAACGUUGCAGGUCAGCAUCUCUCCGGGCCCAGCGAAGUGAAGCAAUGCGCAGGCAGGACGCUUUACGUCGAGUGCCGCUAUCAUUCGUUUUACAGGGACAGCGUCAAGUACUGGUGCAAAGGCUACUAUUUUAAUUACUGCACGGUCCUCAUAAAGACGAGUCAAUCUCAGGGAGCCUACGAACAUCUGCAGAUCAAAGACGAUAAAAGAUACGGCCUUUUCACCAUCCAGAUGAAGAACGCUCAGACGGAGGAUAGCGGAUGGUACUGGUGUGCGAUCGAACGAGUGAGCGCUCACGUAAGAAAAGACAUGCAGCUGAUCAUAUCGGCAGAAGAAGCGCAGCAUUGCUCCGUGACUGAGCAACCACAAAAUGUCAAAGAGGCGACUACUGAAGCACUGACGACGAGCGCUUUAACAACCUUCAGGACGACCAUCAAAACAUCAACAUCACACACAACACUGAAAACCACAGAUCUGACGCAAAGACUGCAGGAAACCAGGCCAGGAGAGAUUUACAUCACUCAGUGGUUCAGCCUUCGAAAAUGGAGAAUCACACGGUGGAUCCUGUUCACAGGAAUGUGUCUUUACCUUAUAAGCUUCAUAACAUGCUUCAACAUUUGGGUUAGAUGACACUCAAAUCACAGACACAGCUUUUUAAACAAACAUUUUUUGUUUUAGUUCAUACUGUAAAUGCGAUUUUGAUUCCCUAUUGGAAUCUAAUUAUAUCUGGGCCAUAACUAAAAAAUUGUAUAUAAAAAAAAAAAAAAAAAAAAA